AUGAUCGACACAUUGAUUACAUGGAUACCCUGUAUAUUUAUAUUGCUAUACAUACCAUACCUAUGUUGGCAAUGCUGUAAUUCUUGUAGAAAUAUUAUUCAAUGGAACUGUUAUAAUACCAGUCGGUUAGCUAUAGUCCUAGUGAGCACAUGUAUUGCCCUAUCGGAGCUCAUAUUAAGUUUGUGCCGCAAAUAUCAAUGGGAUGACAGUCCCACCAUUGCUUACAUACUGUCCACUGCUGUUACAACCGUCAGCCGACUUAUAAUAUGUCUGAUAUUUUAUUAUCAACGUCUCUACGGUAUUGUAAGCAGCGGUGGUUUGAUUUGGCUGUACUUACUAUUGGACACUAUUUUAGGCGCUCUAUCGGUGGCCACGUUUGCCACACAAAAUAUACUAAAAAACUAUGAAUUCAUCUUAUAUUGUGUUAAUUAUAUGUUAACUGUAAUCCUAUUUAUUUAUUGUUUAUUUGCCGAUCGGUUACCCGAUAAAAGUGUCUGUAAAGACAAUGUUGGUGUUGUUGGUGUCGACACCAAACACGACUUGUGUCCCAAAGAUAAGACAUCGUUUCCUUUGAAAGUCACCUAUCAAUGGCUGAACAGUCUAUUGUUGAAGGGCUGGAAAAAGACACUUAUAUUUGACGAUCUGUGGGCUCUGAGACCUAUUGACACCACUUUUGUAAACUUUAAACUAUUUAGCAAACAUUGGCUUCAAUUAGAUACUACAGUAUUUGAUAGUAAUAGUAAUGAUAUUAGGUUUAAAAGUAUUUACGAUAAAAAUCCAAACUUAGCUUUACGUGUGCGAUCGUGUCUAAUAUCGGCCAUAUAUCGCAAAUCAUUGGUACUGAGCAACGGUGCCAAACGGCAAACACCUAACGGAGAAAUUAUUAAUCUGAUGGCCAUUGAUUGCCAACGAAUUAAUGAUAAUCUUCAUGCCAUUGUAGCACUGAUAACCGCUCCCAUUCAGAUUGCCUUAACAUUGUAUUUACUAUACGUACAAUUGGGUGUCACAGCGUUUAUCGUUGUACGCCUGGGAGGAGGCGUUUAUGAUUUGGAUAAACAAAAUCCGCCGAAAAGAGUUACUAAAAAUACAAUCAAUUGGUUAUCUAAUGGUUGUAUUUACAUCCCUAUCAUUGGCCAGUCCACUGGUUGUCCAAUAAUUGUAUCGUUUAAACGUAUUGAACGAUUCUUAAAUUGCAAUGAACACCGAAAUUAUGUUAGAAAAAACAAUACAAUGUUAAACAAUACAACAGUUAUUAAUGUAGAAAAUGCAACAUUUUCGUGGGAUAAUACUAAUACUACUAACUGUGCAAUCGGUAAUACAAAACCCAUAUUAAAUAAAAUUAAUUUGACUGUCGAGGACGGCAUAUUUGUGGCCAUUGUCGGCAAUGUUGGCUCCGGCAAGAGUUCAUUGAUAUCGGCCCUAUUCGGCGAUAUGGAUCUAAUUGAUGGUACCGUCAAUAUUAGACCAGAUAUAAGCAUAGCAUACGUUCCCCAACAGUCGUGGAUUCAGAAUACGACACUCAAACAGAAUAUUCUGUUCGGGAAACAGUUGAAUACUAAACUUUAUAAUAGAGUUAUAGAUAACUGUGCGCUCAAACAGGAUUUACAACAGUUGCCCGGUGCCGAUGAAACAGAGAUCGGCGAAAAGGGUAUUAAUUUGAGUGGAGGUCAAAAACAAAGAGUAAGUUUGGCCCGAGCCGUAUAUUCCGGUGCCGAUCUAUACUUAUUAGACGACCCGUUAUCAGCAGUGGACAGUCAUGUGGGUAAACACAUUGUAGAUCAAGUACUCGAUUCGCGAACUGGUAUUUUGCGGCACAAAACCCGAAUUUUGGUAACAAAUCAACUAUUUAUGUUACCCGAUGUCGACCGCAUAGUUGUUAUCAAAGACGGAUCAAUCACUUCUAUUGGGACUUACGAUGAAUUGCUAGCAAAUAAUAAAUAUUUUUCCGAUUUAAUCUAUAUUAAUUAUGCUAAAUAUAUGGGACUCUAUACGCUGGGCAUCAUAAUUGCUAGUAUUAUAUCUAAUGUACUCAUGUAUGGCUCCAGUUUUUGGCUGUCCCUAUGGAGCAGUCAUAUUGAUACCGACACCAACUUUUAUUAUCUGUCCAUUUUCGGUGCCAUUAUAUUGGGUACGACAAUAUUUUUGGCAAUUACCAAAUUGCUGAUGGUCAACGGGUGCCUCAGGGCAUCGGGUAUUUUACAUAAAACACUGUUAAAGUGCGUAAUGCACGCGCCUAUGGGCUACUUUGAUACGACACCAGUGGGCCGUUUGAUGAACCGAUUUGGCAAUGAUAUUGAUGUUUUAGAUUCAGGCCUACCGAUGACAAUCAACAUCUUAUCUGAUAAUGUAUUGCAAAUUAUUGGCACAAUUAUUAUCGUAUCGAUACAGACACCAUUGUUUUUAAUACCGGUAGCAUUGGUACCAGUUUUCUAUUAUAUAAUACAGAUUAUUUAUAUUAAAACUUCACGACAACUAAAAAGAUUAGAGUCGUUAACCCGAUCGCCAAUAUAUUCAAAUUUUAGCGAAACACUGAACGGUGUGUCCAGUAUUAGAGCCUACGGCUACGGCCAACAGUUUAUCGAUGUCUUUGAUAGUCGAGUGGACAGCAAUCAGAUGUGUCUCUUUCCAAACAUUAUUGCCUACAGUUGGCUACAGAUAUGGUUGACAACACUAAGCAAUUUUCUGAUACUAUUUGCCGCACUGUUUGCCAUCCUAUCGAAAGGACGGCUUACCGGCGGCCAAAUAGGACUAUCCCUGUCGUAUGCUAUAACAAUGACAGCCAAUUUUGGUGAAUUGAUUAGAGCUUUUGCACAGUUAGAAAACAAUAUGGUUUCGGUUGAAAGGAUCAAUGAGUACUGUUGUUUAGAAUCGGAAGCCAAUUGGCAGUCAAACGAAAAAUUGUCCGAAAAUUGGCCAGAAAAAGGAAAAAUGCAUUUCGAUGGAUACGGUACUCGAUAUCGGGAAGGAUUAGAUUUAGUGCUCAAUAAUAUUGAACUCAAUAUAAAUUCCGGUGAAAAGAUAGGAAUAGUUGGCCGAACCGGUGCCGGAAAGUCGUCACUAACUUUGGCACUGUUUCGGCUCAUUGAGCCAGCAAUGGGUCGCAUUGUUAUUGAUGGCAUAGAUAUCAGUAAACUCGGUCUCCAUGAGUUGAGAUCACGGUUGACAAUCAUACCACAAGAACCGAUACUCUUUUCGGGAACCAUUCGCUCUAAUUUGGAUCCGUUCGACAAGUUUUCUGAUGAAGAAUUGUGGACAGUAUUAGAACACUCACAUCUCAAAGGGUUUGUUAUGUCGAGCAGAUCGGGACUCGACUAUUCAAUAGCCGAAUCGGGUGAUAACCUAAGUGUUGGUCAGCGACAACUUAUAUGUCUGGCUCGGGCUCUGCUCCGCAACACUCGCGUCCUUAUCCUCGAUGAGGCCACGGCUGCCGUCGAUGUCGAAACUGAUGCACUUAUACAGCAAACCAUUAAACAAGAGUUCAAGUCCUGUACUAUCUUAACAAUUGCUCACCGAAUCAAUACAAUUAUGGAUUAUAAUCGUGUGUUAGUACUAAACAAUGGACGGGUAGCCGAGUUUGCCGAACCCGAUGCUCUACUCAAUGAUCGGACAACAAUUUUCUACUCAUUGGCCAGAGAUGCCGGUGUUAUAUAA